CAUCAGAUGUUUGAGAUCUACAAUUUACCUUGUGUCUGCGCCAUACAAACCCCAUUCCUCAAGAUCGUGGACUGAGCCAGUAUGAGCUUCAUUGACCGGGCUCUGGGUCCGCUGAAUCCCAGUCGCAUGGCUGCUAAGACUGCUGCACCGCCAAAAUCAGUCUUGGUCGUGAAUGCGACGGAAGAGCAAUGUUCAUCCGUAUGUCAAGCGUUGAUCAAAGACGGUCAUUGGAUUAUUUAUGGACUGGUAGAGGAUGUGACACAUCCUGUGGCUCAGAAGCUCGCCGGAAUGCAGGUGAAGAUCAUCCGUGGGGAUUUAUCAGAUCCAUCAAGCUACGUGGAUCGCCUGAAAGACAUGGAUGGAGUAUUCGUACAUGUGGAAUUCGACGCAUUCGUGAUGAAGUGGGACGACGACAUCAAAGAAGCAGUGGAUCAAGAGAUCAAAUUAACAACCGCGCUUGUGGAUGCCUGUGUCAAGGCUCAAGUCAAGCAUCUGGUAUAUUCCACACUGGACGAUCUUCCAGAUUCCGAAUACGUUCCUCACUGUCAUGCAAAAGCUCAAGUCGCGAAAUACAUCAAGACCACCAAUCUGCCGACCACUUUCCUCUUCACGUCCACACCAUUCUCGAUCAUUGUAAAUCGUCAUCUCUUGAAGAGACAGGAGGACGGAACGUUCCUGCUGAAUAUGAGGAUGCCUGAUGAUUUUGUGUUCCCGGGAUACCCAACGGAGCAGACUGGAGAUUGGGUCAAAUUGGCUCUGAAUAAGCCAGACAAAUGGACCGGCAAAGACAUGCACGCAUGCACUGAGCACAUCUCCCCUGCUUCGAUGGCUCACGAUCUCUCAAAGAUUGUGAAAAAGCCAGUCAACACCAACCACGUCAGUAGAGACACUUUCCACUCGCCUGAACAUCGAGAGAAGCUUGGUGAGACGACUUGGACACACUACAAGGCUAUAUUGGAGGGCAUGGUGCACCGAGACGAGGCGCAGAGUGAGACGGCAGUCCCACAUCAAUGGAGAUUUAAACAGUGGGCGGCCUGGUCUCCUGAUGUACAGGCCAUCUUGAAGGGAGAGAGCUAGUCGGAAAGUGAUUGAGUCCCUGUACCUUAGAUCUGUACUUGCGUCAUGGCUAUUGCUCGUGUCCACCGGAAUGAUAUCUUGCCGACGGGUAAAAUUGCAU